GGAGCGAUACGCACGGAAGAGGCAAAAGUGAAGCAGGUUGGAUUCAACACAGAAAACAGAAAAGAAGAAAACCUGACUGGUUUCAUUUUUUCUUUCUUUAUCAACCCGUGGUUUGUAAAGUUGAAGGCGAGCGAGCCGCCGGUGCGCUCUGCGAUGUCAGCCGCUGCUUUCAGGCGUGCUGGGAACAGGAGAGGACGCCUGACCUGCAGCCUGGCCGGCUCGUGCAGCGGACACUUAAUUGUUACCUGAAGACAAUUAAGCAGCAGUCGAAGGAGCGAAGAGCGAAAGUGUUUGGUGUCAAACUUCAAAAGAAGCUCCUGUGUGCCGGAGCAGCCGGUGGAUGUUGCGCCAUGGAGAUAAAGACAAGACUUCGAGCCAUACUGAUGUUAAUGUGGAUUUUACAAGGUGACACAAAGAAUGUGGAGUUCCCCAGAGGAGAGAUGGAGGUGGUCAAGGGCCAGAUGGUGGUAUUACAUGCCUGGUACAGCCCCAACUCAGACAUUUCCAAAAACUCUGUCAUUUGGCACUUCAGAGGAAAUGAAUCCAAGCAGGUGAUAAACUUUAGCUCAGGCGAGGUCGGGCACGGCCAGAACGAGUUCACCAAAAGAGUGGGUUUCAGCGCGGCCAUGCCAUCAGCCAACCUCUCCAUCUACAUCAACAACACCCAGGAGUCUGACUCCGGAUUCUACUCCUGCUCCGUCAUCAUCCCUGGAAGUACUGGCCUUUUGGGAGAGAUGCGCCUUAAUGUCAAAGUUCCUCCUUCUCCCCCCGUAUGCACCAUGACAGGGAACCCAGUGGUGAAAGGAAAUGUGACUCUGAGCUGUAAAUCCAGUCAAGGAAAACCCAUUCCUCAGUACAAAUGGACCAAGGCUGCACCCAUGUCCGAGGUCUUCUUCUCCCCAAUGCAGAAUGAGAGACACGGCACCCUCAGGCUCAGCAACCUCACUAAAAGCAUGUCAGGGAAGUACAUCUGCCGAGCCAGCAACACCGCCGGCUCCGACAGCUGCUCCAUUAACCUGGAGGUUAUCACCUCUUCCAACGCAGGCAUGAUUGCAGCAGCUACACUGGGCUCUGUAGUGGGACUGGUGGCCAUGGUGCUCUUCCUCAUAUUCAUACUGAGACGGAGAGGGGACACUGAGGAGGAGAUGGCCAACGAGAUCAAAGAGGACGCUCAGGCACCGAAACGAGUGUCAUGGGCAAAGAGCAACACCGGCUCAGACAUUGUAUCCAAGAAUGGCACGCUGUCCUCCAUAGCCACCAGUCCUCGACCCCGAGACCCCCACCAGCCCAACUUCCACUACCCAUACUCCCCCACAUCUACAUCAGACGCCGGCUCGGUGAUCAACGCCUACCAGCUGCGACCUGGAGAAGCCAAUACGCUACAGGGACUCCCCGGCUACAACAUCGGAGGCACACCAUCACGCAAACACAAGCGGCCUCCCAGUACAAACGGGGCCCCUCCGCAGAUUCUAAGAAGCCCCGUGAUCGCCAUCCCCAGUAGGACUGAGGGGGCUCAGCCUCAGGUGCCACCUCCGCUCACUGUGUCCCCACAAAUCAGCUCCUCCACUCUGACACGCAUGGGAGCUGUUGCUGUCAUGGUGCCUGCACAGAGCCAAGCCGGCUCUCUGGUGUAG